UUGACCACGGCCGCCGCCAUUGUUGUGCUCUUCUUCUCCCUUUCUUCCCCGGCGCCGACCUCCCUGCCACGCGUCGUGCCCUGAUUAGCUCACUCCCCCCUGCCCCCACCUGUCAGCCUUACACGUUGCGCUGUAGUAGGUGGGGCCCACUUGAGGAAGCGGGGGUCAAACUUCCCCCGCGUUUUGGUCGUCGUCGUCGUCGUCUUCUUCCUUCUCCUCCUCCGCCUCGAAUGGCUCCACGCUUCAGCCGCGGCUAGGGUUUCGUCGCGAGCGACCUCCCGCCGCCCGCCAUGGAAGCUUCCACCUCCCUCCUAGUCCUCGUCCUCGCCGCCGCGGCGUUCGCGGCGGGGACGGUGACGGAGGCGGCGGGGGACGGGUGCAGCGCCGGGUGCGACCUCGCGCUGGCUUCCUUCUACGUGACGCCGAACCAGAACGUCACCAACAUGGCGGAUCUCUUCGGCAUCGGCGCGGCGAACUACCGCAGCCUCGCGCCCUACAACCCGAACAUCCCCAACCUCGACUUCAUCAACGUCGGCGGCCGCGUCAACGUCUACUUCACCUGCGGCUGCCGCUCGCUGCCGGGCUCGCCGGGAGCCACCUACCUCGCCGGCGCCUUCCCCUUCCAGAUGUCCCGCGGCCAGAUCUACACCUCCGUCGCCGCCAACUACAACAACCUCACCACCGCCGAGUGGCUGCAGGCCACCAACAGCUACCCGGCCAACAACAUCCCGGACACCGCCGUCAUCAACGCCACCGUCAACUGCUCCUGCGGCGACGCCAGCAUCUCGCCGGACUACGGGCUGUUCCUCACCUACCCGCUCCGCGCCGAGGAUACGCUCGCCUCCGUCGCGGCGACCUACGGGCUCUCGUCGCAGCUGGACGUGGUCAGGAGGUACAACCCGGGGAUGGAGAGCGCCACGGGGAGUGGAAUCGUGUACAUCCCCGUCAAAGAUCCCAAUGGAAGUUACCUACCUCUGAAAUCACCAGGAAAGGGAGCUUCUGCAGGAGCUAUAGCAGGAGGUGUUGUGGCUGGUGUCGUUGUGCUUGCUGCCAUCUUCUUGUAUAUCAUAUUCUAUAGGAGGAGAAAGGCAAAACAGGCCACCCUGCUUCAAUCAUCUGAAGAUUCCACACAACUUGCAGGUACGAUAUCCAUGGAUAAAGUUACCCCAUCAACAAUUGUUGGCCCUUCACCAGUUGCAGGCAUUACAGUUGACAAAUCAGUAGAGUUCUCAUAUGAAGAACUUUCUAAUGCUACACAGGGGUUUAGUAUUGGCAAUAAAAUAGGGCAAGGUGGUUUUGGUGCUGUCUAUUAUGCUGAACUUAGAGGCGAGAAAGCUGCCAUCAAGAAAAUGGACAUGCAGGCUACUCAUGAGUUCCUUGCUGAAUUAAAGGUUUUGACACAUGUUCAUCAUCUGAACCUGGUGCGUUUGAUUGGUUAUUGCAUCGAGAGCUCUUUGUUCCUUGUCUAUGAAUUUAUCGAGAAUGGCAACUUGAGCCAGCAUUUGCGUGGAAUGGGUUAUGAACCUUUGUCUUGGGCUGCCAGGAUUCAAAUUGCACUAGAUUCAGCAAGAGGUCUUGAAUACAUUCAUGAACAUACUGUUCCAGUAUACAUACAUCGGGACAUCAAAUCAGCAAACAUCUUGAUAGACAAGAACUACCGGGCAAAGGUUGCAGAUUUUGGUUUAACAAAGCUUACAGAAGUUGGUGGUACAUCAAUGCCCACAGGCACACGUGUUGUUGGUACAUUUGGUUACAUGCCUCCAGAGUAUGCUCGAUAUGGAGAUGUUUCUCCUAAGGUUGACGUCUACGCCUUUGGUGUUGUCCUCUACGAACUUAUUUCAGCGAAAGAAGCCAUAGUCAGAUCAACCGAAUCUUCAAGUGAUUCAAAGGGGCUGGUUUAUCUGUUUGAGGAGGCCCUCAACUCGCCGGAUCCCAAGGAAGGCCUUAGGACGUUGAUUGAUCCAAAGCUAGGAGAAGAUUAUCCUAUUGAUUCCAUUCUCAAGCUGACACAACUCGCAAAGGUGUGCACACAAGAAGACCCCAAGCUGAGGCCUUCAAUGAGAUCCGUGGUCGUCGCGCUGAUGACGCUUUCAUCCACAAGUGAGUUCUGGGACAUGAACAACCUGUAUGAGAACCAAGGUUUGGUCAACCUAAUGUCCGGGAGAUAGUGACUUUGGUGCCGCCUGCACACUGGGAAAAUUGUACAUUCAGGCUCAUCUGAAGUGUGUAAUGACAGCCAUUACAUUGUUUUGUCAUCUUUGUUAUUCUUUUCUUUUUUGCUGUUCCUACUUAGAGACCUUAGACAUCUGGAAGGCUAUAUGUAAGAUAUUGACUUCUACAUUCCAAUGGAAAUAAAUAAAUAUUAUCCUGUAGAUA